AGUUAUUCAAAUCAGAUGAGUUUCAAGCAAACACGAGGCAUGUCACAUCCUUUGUUAAAUUAUUUAGCCAAGAAAAAUGGCAAUACAAAUGGCGAGUACGAAGAGGCUGCUGACGUCUUUGAUGAUUUAUCACAAAGAUUGAAAAUCACAAUUUCUUUGCCGAAUGUUGAUAUUACAAGAGUUACAAUUGUUCAUAACAAUUACCUCGAGGGAAUGUACGAGCUAAAAAAAAUGGAGUACAAAUCCAGAUAUGGUUCCGUUCAAGAGGUAACCCUUGUCCACUCAACCAGCGCUUAUAAUGUAACAUCUAUCAUUAAAGAUAACUUGGACUGGCGACGCGUUACAAGAAACAAAUACGGCAAAGGAGUUAGCUUCUCUGACGAUGCUGACUACGCUAACUUCCAUUCCAACCGCGGCAAUGGUGAAAAAAGAGCGUUUAUUGUAGCAAAAGUGCUGGUAUCAACAAAACUCAUUGGGCAUGGCUCAAUGGUAAUUCCUCCUCUAAAUGUUGACACCUCAAUCUCAAAUACUGGGAAGGUAUAUGUUAAGUACUCUGACAAUGAGUUUUUGAUUAAAUACAUCGUCUACUACAAUGCUCCUGAUAGAACCAAAAGCAAGCACUACCGACGACCACGACACCACUUCUUGCUUUGCCUUAAUGAUUUAAGAGACAGCAACUUUGUUUCUCUUCAGGGUUCAGAGAGAGUUAUUCUUUUAAUAGGAAUAAUGCAUCCUUUGUUGGAAUAUUUAUCUAGAAAGAACAAAAACACAAAUGGUGUGUAUGAAGAGGAUGCUAGCCCAAUUGAAGAAAACCUUGCAACAUCGAGCAUUUUACCUACUUUACCAGCAGUUUGUAUAACCAGAGUAACAACUGUCCAUAACAAUUAUCUCCACGGAAUGUACGAGCUUAAAAAAUUAGAGUACGAAUCCAGAUAUGGUUCAGUUCAAGAGUUAACCCUUGUCCACUCAACCAGCGCUCUGAAGGUACCGUCAAUCAUUAAAACCAACUUGGACUGGCGACGUGUUACAAGAAACAAAUAUGGCAAAGGAGUUAGCUUCUCUAACGAUGCCAACUACGGUAACUUCCAUUCUAACCGCUGCAAUGGUGAAAAAAGAGCGUUUAUCAUAGCAAAAGUGCUGAUAUCAAGAAAAGACUAUGGAUAUGACUUUGUGGUAAUUCCUCUUCCAAAUGUUGACACCUCAAUCUCAAGUAGUGAAAAUGUAUAUGUUAAGUACUCUGACAAUGAGUUUUUGAUUAAAUACAUCGUCUACUACGAUGCUCCUGAUAGAACUAAAAGUAAGCACUACCGAAUACCAAAACCACGAUUCUUGCUUUGGUGAAAGGGUUGCAAUUUUAUAAGAGAAUUAAUUACUCUAUUUUUUUUCCAAAUUUAAAAUUUCAACUACAAAUGAUAUUCCAAUAAACGAUUAAUUCUCUUUGAUAUUAAUGUGGUCCAUCAUUACUCUUUUUAUGUAUAACAAUACUCUUUAUAA